AUGAUUGCACAAAAGAAAGGAGUUGAAGGAGAGAAAAAGGGAGAAGAAAGGGGGGGUGGACAUAUUAUCUAUCUAUCUAUCUAUCUAUCUAUCUAUCUAUCUAUCUAUCUAUUUCGAUCUGUUCAUAUCUAUCUGUUUAUUUCAAUCCCUUCAUAUCUAUCUAUCUAUCUAUCUAUCUAUCUAUCUAUCUAUCUAUUUCGAUCUGUUCAUAUCUAUCUAUUUUUUUCAAUCCCUUCAUAUCUAUCUAUCUAUCUAUCUAUCUAUCUAUCUAUCUAUCUAUCUAUCUAUCUAUCUAUCUCAAUCAGUUCAUAUCUAUUUUCUAUUUAUCUAUCUACCUAUAGAAUGUUGUGGGAAGAGGAGGGAACUAUCAAUCCUCUCUUUCUCUCUCCCUCUUUCUCUCUCUCUCUUUCUCUCUCUCUCUUUCUCUCUCUUUUUCCUUACUCUUUUUAUGAACUCUUUCUCUUUUCUUCUAACCUUCCCUCUUGUUACUAUUUCCUAUCUAUUUCCACCAUAAUUUCCGAAUCAAUCUUUUUUUCUUCUUAUAUUUUUGCUAAUGACUCUAUCUAUCUAUCUAUCUAUCUAUCUAUCUAUCUAUCUAUCUAUCUAUCUUUUUUCGCAUCUAUCUAUGCUAAGCACGAAGAGACAAAUGCAUAA